GUCCGUGUGCCCAGGAUACCGGGUGUGGUGCUGAUUGGUGGAGAGGCGUCACGUGACCACCCUUCCCGGCUCCUGAUUGGUGGAGAGAGGCGUCACGUAACCAUGCCCUAGUGACGUCACGGAGGCAACAUGGCGGCCGAGGGAAUUAUGGGUGUAUUUCUGCUGCUGCUGCUGGACGGAGCGGGGGGCGAGGAACCUGUGGCGAUGGGCGUGGAGGUGCCGGGCGUGUCAGGUGUGGGAGGGGCUGCAAACCUGACCUGCCACCACCACCUCCCCACCACACACCUGUACACCCUCAAGUGGUACCAUAACGACUCAGAAUUUUACAGAUAUGUUCCCAGCGACACUCACAGCCCCGUCUAUACAAGAAACCUGCUGGAAUUCAAGGCGCAGGAGGCGUGGCGGGGUGAGAGGGGCGUGACUCUGACCCUCUCUUCCCUCACCACCUCCGCCUCGGGGGAGUACAAGUGUGAGGUCAUAGCGGAACACCCCUCCUUCAGAACUGAGACCAGGGCUAAGUUUAUGCGCGUGGCAGACCAUCCCCCCUUCCCGCCCCCUGUGAUCCACGGGGGGCGGGAGAACAGAGCGGAGGGGCGGGGGUGGGUCCUGAGGUGUGUGGGCCCCCGGGGUAGAGAGAGAGGGGGCGCCGCGCCUAUCCUUACCUGGUAUUUGGAAGGGCUGCAGAUGAAGAGGGAGCCAGCCACACCUGCAAGGAGGGAACUGUCUCUGCACGUGUCUGAAGAACAGGUUAGGAAAGGAGGGGGGGCAGUGAGAGUGGAGGCAGAACGUCUAGCUCAGUGUGCCCUGCAGGACGACGCAGUGCCACAGUGGGCCCUACAUGGCACUGAGCUACUGAACACACUCUCACUCUUGGCUGAGUUAAGAGCAGCAUUGUGUAGGUCCAUGUAUUGUGCCGUAAGUGAUCAGCUGGAUCUCUGUUGCCGUAGGGACUGUGGCAGUGUGGCAGUAGUCUUCAUUAUGUGCUGUGCGUGUCUCCCACAGCUGUGGUGA